CCGUCCUUUAGCUGAUUAGGAACAAGCUGCUACGGUUUCAGCUCUCAAUAUUUUGGUUUCUUGUAAUAAACUACCACAACCUAUACUUAUAGGUUGUCUCAGUGUUACACAAUCUAACUGACCAUGAACAAGAUGAAGAAGAAGCUGCCUGAGCAGAUACUGUAUCACAUCCUGGAGAUUCUCUACCUGCUGACGGGGGAGCGUGUGACUAACUCACUGACAGUGAGUCACAUGACCGGGGACAAGAUGACAACAGAGAGGAUACUGACCCACACCCUGCAGAUCGUGUACCUGCUGACAGAGGAGGUGCCUAUAAAGUGUGAUGAUGUAGCCGUGUAUUUCUCUAUGGAGGAGUGGGAGUAUAUAGAGGGACACAAGGAGCUUUACAAGGACGUCAUGAUGAAGACUCACCAAGCACUUAGGACUAAGGAGAUCCCAGGAAAUGAUAGCUCAGGUAAAUUCAUAAACUGCAGUAAUCCUAGUCAAGGCCAGAGUGCUAAUACUUCUUUCACUCUUCUCCAAAAUCAAAAAAGCCACAUAGAAAAUGUAUGUUCUGAAUGUGGGAACUGUUUCACAGAAAAAUCAGAUCUAAUUACUCACCAGAAAAUGCAUACAGGAGAGAAAGCAUUUUCGUGUUCCGACUGUGGGAAAUGUUUUACUAGGAAAUCAGUUCUUAUUACUCAUCAGAAAAUUCACAAAGGAGAAAAAGCAUUUUCGUGUUCCGACUGUGGGAAAUGUUUUACUCGAAAAUCAGAUCUUAUUUCUCAUCAGAAAAUUCAUACAGGAGAGAAAGCAUAUUCAUGUUCUGACUGUGGGAAAUGUUUUACUCGGAAAUCAGCGCUUAUUAUCCAUCAGAAAAUUCAUACAGGAGAGAAAGCCUUUUCAUGUUCUGACUGUGGGAAAUGUUUUACGCGGAAAUCAGAUCUUAUUAGGCAUCAAAAAAUCCACACAGGAUUAAAAGCAUUUUCAUGUUCUGACUGUGGGAAAAGUUUUACUUAUAAAUCAAAUUUUAUUACGCAUCACAAAAUUCACACAGGAGAAAAAGCAUUUUCGUGUUCUGACUGUGGGAAAUGUUUUCCCCUGAUAUCUGGUCUUAUUAGGCAUCACAAAACUCAUACGGGAGAAAAAGCAUUUUCAUGUUCUGACUGUGGGAAAUGUUUUACUCAGAAAUCAGUUCUUAUUAGACAUCAAAAAAUUCACACGGGAGAAAAAGCAUUUCCAUGUUCUGACUGUGGGAAAUGUUUUACUUGGAAAUCAGAUCUUAUUAAGCAUCACACAAUUCAUACAGGAGAAAAAGCAUUUUCAUGUUCUGACUGUGGGAAAUGUUUUACUCAGAAAUCAAGUCUUAUUAAUCAUCAGAAAAUUCAUAAAUGAGAGAAAGCAUUUUCAUAUUCUGACUGUUAAAAAUAUUUUACUUGGAAAUUAGAUCUAUUACUCAUCACAAACUUCACACAGGUGAAAAAGCAUUUUCAUUUUCUGACUGUGGGAAAUGUUUUAUUCAGAAAUCAGUUCUUAUUAGACAUCAAAAACUUCACAGGAUUUUUAAAAGCAUUUUCAUGUUCUGACUGUGGAAAUUUUUUUACUUGGAAAUCAGAUUUUACGACGUAUCACAAAAUUCACACAGACAAAAAAGCAUUUUCAGAAGUGUUUUAUUCUAAAAUCACAUCUUAUUAGCCAUCAGAAAAUUCACACAGGAGAGAAAUUAUUUUUAUGUUCUGAAUGUGAUAAAUGUUUUGCUUGAAAAUCAAAUCUUAUUAGUCAGCAGAAAAUUCAUAUUAAAGGAAAUCAGAAAAAUUGAUGAUUAACCUCUUAAGUGCCGAGAGACAUAGUCAUCAUCUGCACAAUGUCUAGAGUGCUGUAUUGACUACAUGUGGUCCCCUGCUGGAUGUGCUUUUGGAGCUGUUAGAGGAUCCCUUUGCAUCUCAAGUGGUUACAAAGUAACCCUUUGUGUUUGUCGUCCUCAGGGGAAUCUAGGGUCCAUAUAUAGGUUUGAGUAGCAAAGUGAUCAUCUGGCACAAAUAAAAUGUGCCUUUAUUUGUGUUACAUGGGAGGGCAUCCCUACGUGCAGAUAAGUAUACUUAAAGGUUCUUAUUUAUAUGUUGAUAAACCCUUCUUUGAAAUGUAGGUACUGUUGAAAGCAUUAUUGUCAGAUGAUCACUGAGAUUCCCUAGCUGGAAUUUAAAUUGACCAGGUGUAUAGAUGUACAGGGUGAUUGAGCCCCUGUAUUAACAUCAAAAGUAUGAGAAGCCUCCAAAAGCCCUUGUCUGGAUCAGGAUAAGCCCCUACCCUUAAAUAUAAUAUAUAUAUAUAUAUAUAUAUAUAUUUCUCAUUUCCUUCAUACAUGUGGUGAGAGUCCACAACCUGUUACUCUUGGGGAAUUACUCUUCUGGAGGUGGUUGAAGACUAAAGAUGUGUAGUGAUUCUUUAGAGAAAGGGGUCUUCUGUGUAUGUUGAGGUCUGGUUCCCUUUAGAGUACAGUGCUUGUCAGAGGGAUGCAUUUGGGGUAUGGUUUAUGAUUUAAUGGUUUCACCUUAUGGGAAAGAGACCCUCUCUAAUCAGUCGCACGGAUGUGUCUUCUGCCUCCCUUUAUAGAUCUAUGUUAUAUUCCUAUUUUCCUAAACUCCGCUGAUAUGUUUUAGUACAGGAAACAGAAAGAUAUACAAGCACUGAAAAAGACCUAUAGAAUAUAUCACUAGUACUUAUAAAUGUAAAUGAGAAAUAUAAAACAUAAUAAAAUAUAUACGUCACAAUGA